AUGUCUAAUUUGACAUCGGCGUCGGGAGAGGCAAGCAUCUCAUCUGAUACUAGAGGAGAUGUAAAUAAUAUGGCAGUGCAGCCAGCAGCGAACAACAGUAGCAACGCUACUACUGUUUCCGCCCAGAAAAGAAAGCGGAGCCUUCCUGGCACUUCAGACCCUGAUGUGGAAGUAAUAGCGCUGUCUCCAAGGACUCUGAUGACCACGAAUAGAUUCAUCUGUGAAAUCUGCAACAAGGGUUUCCAGAGAGAUCAGAACUUGCAGCUGCACAGGCGAGGGCAUAACUUGCCAUGGAAAUUGAAGCAAAGGAGCAACAAGGAAAUCAGGAAGAGAGUUUACAUAUGCCCGGAGGAGAGCUGCGUCCAUCACGAUCCGGCGAGGGCUCUGGGAGACCUCACAGGCGUGAAGAAGCACUCCUACUGCAAUUUCUCAUCAUGUAAAUAUUGA